UCGGUUUCUUUUUUUUUACUAGCUCCUUUAGAAAUAGAAGCACGUGGAGAAAAAGCAAAGCUCGCUUAUCAAAGUGCUCUUAAAGAUGGAGCUGUUAAUGUUUACCGUGGUCGAGUAUUGCUUAUUGGGCAGGAUCGGGCAGGAAAAACAAGUUUGAAGAAGUCUCUUAUUAGUCUACCAUUUAAUUCAAAAGAAAAAAGCACGGAUGGAAUUGAAGUGGAUCCUUCAAAAUUUCAGUUGGAUGUUGAUGAAGUCUGGAAUUGGCAGCCUAUUGAUGAGAGAAAGCAAGGAUUGUUAGGAUGUUCGAAAGAUGUGGCACAGAUGGUGGCGGAAAGGAUGUAUACUGACUACACUUGGCAGGAGUUAACAGGUGAAGGAAUAUUUCAAAGUGAUGAAAACAAGAAUAGGAAACGGGUUGAUACUUAUGGAGAAAAGGAGGAAGUUUCUCUUGUGAACCAGGUUUGUCUUUGUUAGUUUUGAAUAGUGAUGUUUUUUCGUGAAUCCAUCGUUUACUUACUGCAAGAACGUUCUAACAGUAGUUAUUAUAAAUUGAUUAUCGCCUUCUUCAUAAGUUAGGUUAUAGUAGCUUCCCGCCUUCGCCACAGUCUUCCGUAUGGAAAAUACGUAACAACCGCUAGCCUCCCACGCAGACGUUCUUAGGGGUUCGUCACGCGUUCCUGUCCCACGAACGUCUGCUGAACUGAAAGAUAAAUUCCUUUCCCAUUGUUCGCAAAUAUCGGCUGGAGAUCACAUGCAGAUUAUCGGAGAUCCAAUCGGCGCUGUUAAAGUCAAAGUGUUGACAAGCCAAACACAUACGUACAAGCUCUGUAGAGUGUGAUACGUGACCAAAGAUUUUUGCUCCUGACAAGAAUACAGGAGAUAAUCAUUGGCUUUUUGCCCCCGCAGGGAUUUUGCCCAGAAGGCGAAAUCCCGCGGGGGCACUCUAGUAACUCGCGCGUAUAUUAGGGAAAGUACUUACAGUUGAAAUAUACAGUCAUACAGUCAAUAUAGAGAAAAUCUCGAUUUGCUUGAAAAGGGGCCGCGAGGAAUCGGUAGGUAAUGAUGACGUUUCUAUGUUUUGCGCCCGCAAGGACGAAAUGGUUAGGAUGACGUAAAGACAAAACAUUCCCAAGGGACCGCUUAGGUAGAUUUUGUGACAUUUACUGUGCAGUCAUACUUCGACACUCUUUUGCAUUAACGUGUUAUCAGUGACAUUCUGUGGAGCAGUUGUUUCAGUGAAAGUUAUGGACCCAAAAUUUAAGGACACUCGUUAAGCGCAGAAGUUAUAAGGUGCCUAUUACUGUGUACAUACUAGUAAUAGUUGACACUACAGCUGCCCCCGUUCUGUAUAUUGUCAGUCAAUAGGAUUCUUGCUCGUUGUGUAGCUCUUUGAAAUAUACCGAUUCAUAAUGAAGAUUUUCAUUUCCUGGAGCUAUAAAGUCAAGCGCGAAAUUUCUCAAGGUCCAAAGUGCACUUCCCAGAUCUGGAAGUCUGCUGUGAUUGGUCUACUUUUUUUUUCCGCUCAAGUCAGCAGACUUUCGUGGGGCAGGAACCUUUGACGAACCGCUAAGAACAUCUGCGUGGAAGGCUAAACAACUGCCAGACCGUUUUCUACCUCGUUUUCCAAUGCUGGUUAAAAAUUUUAACCAGCGUUUUUACACUUGUAAGUUUAGUUCCGAGUGUAGAAUGAUACUACUAUCAACCAUUCAGUUAUAUUUCCAUGAUUGUACCCAUCUACACCUAAGCUUAGCCUUUGGGUCAUUAGUGCGUCUGCAAACCAAAGUGAGUUUAGCCAUAUCUUUAUUUAUACUUUUAAGUGUUAAUUAGGCCUUGAGCAUAGUUGUUUGUUGUUGUUUUAUCACAAUUUCGUUGUAUUGUUUUCUUUUUUUAUGCGACGAGCAAAGCCAAGGGGCUGGGGGGACUCAAUCAAACACCAUAUUUCUAUAUAUUCUUAAACUCACUGUUCCAUAAUAAAUGCAAGAGCAUAUUAAUGUUUUGGAUACCUCAUGCCUCCAAUAAUCGUGCCUCAAUGUUUGACCUCAUUUUUGUGUCAUUAAAAACAAUCUUUAAAUGGCUGAACAAUCGAAUCGGAGGGUGAAGAGGAAGAAUAAGGUGUUCAUUAUUCCAUUAUUGCAGCUGGAAAAUUUUCCUUAUUCCAUUAUUGCAGUAAAAACAGAACAAAUUUUUCCGUUGAAAACAUCUGCUUAUUCCAUUAUUCCGCACCACAAAAUGGCAUUAUUCCAUUCUUACAACAACAAAAAUUCCGUUAUUCUUACUCCAUUAUUCCUCUUCACCCCCAAAAGUCGAACCAGCCAUGUUAAGUCUUUCAUAAUCAAAAUCAACAGCUAUUUUUUGUUUCUUUUUUUCAUACUCUGCUUCAGGUUGGUGAUCCAAACGAAGACAGUGUUAAUGAGCCCACAUUAACAGAACCUGAUCAUGAGUUAGUGGUUGAUACUACUUCACCUCCAGAGGAGAUCAAGGAACGAGCAGUUCAGUUGAUAAGGGAAAUACAAGAUGAAGAUUUUAAGGCUGAAGAAUCUGUUGUCAGUGUUGAACUGUGGGAUUUUGCUGGGCAACACCUGUAUUAUGCAUCCCAUCCUGUAUUUUUAACAUCACGUGCGCUUUAUAUCUUGGUGUGCAACCUCAGCAAGUCACUGCAUAACACAGCCAAACCCUGUGUGAGGCAAGGGUCUCGUAAUGUUGAGUUGGAAAACCCAAAUGGAGAAACAAAUCUUGAGAACUUGUUGUCUUGGCUGUCCACAGUGCAUAGCGUCGCGCAAAUGAGAAGAAAAACCUGUGAUGAUGUAGAAAAAGAGGUGCCUCAUUUGCGCCCCCCAGUGAUCAUUGUAGGAACCCAUGCAGACAAACCAUUUGAAAACAUUGCAACAAUGAAAAAAGAAAUCCAGAACGCAAUUGCUGGUAAGGACUAUGAAGGGCAUGUAGUGCGGCCUAUCUUUAGCAUUGACAACACUGCAAAAUUAACUCAAAGAAAGAUCAAGGCAAUGGUUUUCGGGAAGGACGAAAACAUUGAUGAGAUCGAAGCUCUACAAGUAAAAAUCAUGGAAGUGCUAAAACAGGAGCCUUACAUUGGGGAGAGGAGACCUGUGAGGUAAAUAAUGGUUAUACCAGAAUGUUCAGAAUCCAUUAAAGUAAAUAUUAAAUAAUUUCCAUGUCAAAAGUUGAGCUGUGAACGCACUGAGAUUACGUUUUACGUGUAUGGCGUUUGUUUCCGCCAGUCCUUGUAUGAUUUUUUCUUUGAUAUGUAAAUGUGUUUCAGGUGUCAUAAGUAACUCAUUGACCGUGACGCUACAUAAAACCGUGGCCGCAAAACAUCAAAAGGCUGGUUCGUUGUAUAGUCCUUAACUUUGGAUGAAAAAGUAAAAGCGAGAACAGAAAAUAUCCAUUGAUUCCUGUAUGAACCACCUGGCGGUCAUAAGAAAUGAAUAUCUCGUUGAUUGAAACAAGUUAACCAUGAAAAGCAGUUUUGACUGGCCUUAAGGAAUAUUCUACCCUAAAGGGUUUGAUAACAUUUUUACGAAUUGACCAAAAAGCACCGUGUAUAUUUCAAUCAAGUCGUUUUAAAAAGGUAAAGUAAAGUGGAUCACACACAGAUAUUUAUCCACUGGAUACAGUUAUCCACCUUUCUCACAACUGGGCCUUUCACUUUAAUUAGUCAGUACAGGUAUACUGUGUAGUGAUUGACAUGGAUACCUAAACGAGCUCCAUCAGUUUUCUCUUUGGUUUUGUAAACUAGGUGGCUGAACUUUGAGAAAGUCAUCAACGCUCUGCUUUCCAAGCCAGUUUAUUACCUGAGUAUAAAGAAGCUACGGACCCAUGCCAAGAAGAAGUGCUUCAUCCAUGAUGAGAAAGAGUUUACCACCAUGGUGAAUUUCUAUCAUGACCUGGGGAUAAUUAUCAAGCACCGUAGCACAGUCAUCUUGAGUACCCAGUGGCUGAUAAACUUGUUCGGGCAGCUGAUCACUAUUCCAGAUUUUACGAAAAUGGUAAGAAAUGGACUUUAAACGUGUUUUUUAAAACUUGCAAGGUUUAUAAUGGUCCACAUUUUGGAUGACAUCACAGGUUUCCAACCGUGCUGUAGCUAAUAAAAAUAAUUAUAUCAAGUGCAUUGCACGCUAUCUUUUUGAAAAUGGUAACUGUUCCUCAAAUAUUUGUAAACAGCAAAAUCGUAGUGGAUUAGGCUGGUUUAAUAUUUCCCCAGUGUAAAACAGUUAGGGUAGGCGAUGUAAUUCUGAAAUGAAAUCUUACCCGACCAAACCUAUAACAACUGAAUUGGUACUAACGCCUGGUCGGCAGUCGUCCCUGUAUUCAACCCGCUAUACUGACGUCACUAAGAGUAAACAUUACAAUGAAACAUUUUCACUGCACUUUCUUAUUUGAACGUUGUAAUAUCCCAAGAGGAUUCCUGUUUCAAUUUCGAAGGACAUCAGGUGACAUCACGAGGUAGCCGCUAACAAAAAGAGGAGCUUCUAAUAAUAAUAAUAACAUUUAUUUAUACCGCGCAAAUUCAACUAUACAGUUUUCAAAUGCGCCUUACAAUUAAAGAUCUAAAAAUAUACCUUACAAUUAAAGAUCUAAACAUAUACCAUAAAAAAAAAACAUUAAAACAAUAAAUAACAACAUUAUAUCAGAAAAGGCUUUUUUAAAAAGGUGAGUCUUCAAAUUACGUUUAAAAACUUGAAAAUCAGAGGUGCAUCUAAGAUCUAACGGAAGAUUAUUCCAUAGUUUUGGUGCGGCGGCUACAAAGGCUCGGUCACCAAGAGUAGGGAGAGUCCUAAAGUUAGGAUUUGAAAGCAGAUAUUUGUUAUUUGAUCUGAGGCUGUAGGAAGAAUUAGGUUUAAAGUUAACGAGAGAUGAUAAAUAAUUAGGAGCUGUUCCAUAGAUUGCUUUGUGAGUGAUUAUAAUAACCUUAAAUUCUAUUCUAAACGUCACAGGCAGCCAGUGUAAUUCGUAUAAUAUUGGUGUGAUAUGGCAAAACCGUGGUGCUAGAUAUAGAACUCUUGCAGCUGCGUUUUGAACACGCUGCAGUUUAGUGAGGGCGCAGUGGGGUAGUCCGUAUAAAAGUGAGUUACAAUAGUCCAAUCUGCUUGUGAUGAAAGCGUGCACUAAUUUCUCGGCAGAUUCUAUGCUUAGAUAUUUUCUGACGCGUCUAAUAUUGUGUAGAUGAAAAAAAGCACUCCUACAAGUUUUGGUUAUGUUAAAAUUCAGGUUGAAAUGGCAGUCAAACCAGGCCCCUAAGUUUCUAAGGGGUUCCGUGCUAGGAGAGAUGAUGGAUUCGCCAAUAGUUAGAGUGGCGCUUUUAGUUUUCUGUAGCUGCGCCUUCGUCCCAAUGAGCAUAAACUCAGUCUUGGAAUCAUUGAUCAUGAGUUUGUCAUUGAUCAUCCAGCUACGGAUGUCACAGAGGCACGCUUCCAUUGCUGCAAUGGCGGCGUCUUGAUCGGAAUCAUCGUUUGGAUUGAAUGCCAAAUAGAUACCGGUAUCAUCGGCACAUUUACUUGCACUUUACCUUUUAUGUAGGCUCAAAGGAAUUGGACAACCAAACAGAGUGGAAAUACAUGUUUAAAAUAUACACGAAAAAAUUACUCAAUUCUGAUUGGCUGAGAAAGGAGUGCAGUUCUUCUGUAACAUGAGUGCAAACUUGUAACACGAGUGCAAAACUUGUAACACGAGUGCAAAUUACAAAUGGUUUCUGAUUGGCUGAAAACACAAGAGAAACCACCAAGACAUGACCAAGAACCAAUCAGAUUAGAGCUGUUUUAGCAACAAAAUUUAAGAAAAUGGCCAUGGUUUUCAGCAGACGACGCAAAACAACAAAAGAAAAGUGAAAAAAAUAUUCGACAAACCUGAACACAGUAAAAAGUACGUCUUUCGUGCUAAAUGUAUCGAAAAUACGGUGCUAAGAGAAAAAUACUGUCAACAAAAUCGAGGAAAAUGAGCCGGAGAAACUAAAACACAAGCUACUUAUAACAGAUUACGCUAAAGUAAAAAAAAUAAAGAACAGAAACGGUGGCAACCACACGCAAACCAUGACAGCUACACUUUUCAAGCAUUUAAAUGAACAAGGAUACAAGUUUUUUUAUGAUAACAACAGGGAUUUCAAGUCACGUACGUUAUUUGUUGGAGGAGAAAGAUGUCCGGUUGCUCUCUUUGAGUCUUUUGUGGAGCGAAGACCUUUCCAUGCGAUGGUUUUUUUUUUCUACCUCAGUAGCAAACGAAACCGAAAAUUUAAACAUCUGGUCAAAAAGAAAUCAACGGGCGAAAAUACCAUAACCAACAUAAUGAAAGUAUCCGUAGCUGGUACUAGCCUUAAAGAAAGUGAGAAAACAGUUUACGAAUCAUUGUGCAAGACAUCAGAACAACUGUGGCUCCACUCACCCAUCGAUGGCAGCGUCGGAAGAAAACAAAUUGCCUCCUUCAUUUUCGGGUUUUAAAUCUCAAAAAUUUAUCCAUGAAUCCAGCAAUGAUGGGGUCUCAGGAACAGACAAUGAUGAACAGUCCUUAAAAAACGUUAGCAAGUGUCUUUCAUCUUUGGCUGCUCGAAGCGUUCUCCUGAUUUCAAACCGGCAGCAUAUUUCUUGAAAACGCUUUGUGUAAACGUCGAGCUCUCAUAAUCGAGGAUGAAUUUAAAAAACAAUUACUUUUGUUGAUAAUUAUAAACCAAGUUAUCUUUAACAGGCUGGUGACCAUAUAAAAUCAGUCCUUGCACAUUUUCAAGUUCUUAGCUGAAUGAUAUUGAGAGCGUUGGUCUUGAAAAAGUUUGAAUUUGACAAAGUUAGUAGUCUGUUUCAGCCAAUCAGUUGAAUGAACUAAAAACGCGCGCGCUGUCAAAACUUGUUGUUGUAGUUAUAAUUUCGUGCAUAUUAUUAAUAAGUAAUCAAAUGAUUUUUCUCGUGCAAUUUGGAAUAAAUAAGCACUUGUGAAUUUUUCAAAGCCCACAAAGUGCACUCGCCCUACGGGCUCGUGCACUUUUGUUGGUCUUUGAAAAAUUUACUCGUGCUUAUUUAUUCCAAAUUGCACUCGAAAUCAUGUGAUUACCUAUAUGUAUAUAUAAAGGAAGACUGUUUUCACCGCCCUUACUGAUACACACGCACGGAGCGAAUUUCGAAAAAUUUAUAACACUGCUCAACCUACACAAAAAACGGAGGAGUGUAGCUUGUACCAAGCAUUAUUGUCUCCUACUCUGACGUCCUUUUGGCUCGUCAAGCACAAGACAAGUAGUCUCUCAUUUUCCUCAGGGAUGGUAGAACGAGAGAAUUAGGCGAGCGCGCGUGAAAAUUGCCACCCGCGAAGAAGGUGACAAACGCUGCUGUAUUUUGCUCGCUCAAAUAUCCGAGAGGAAAAUAAGGGGCCACUCGUAGGCUAUCCCCAGUGGUAUAUUAGGCACAGAAUCAGCCUUCUUUGUGGUGGACUGGUUACUACCCCACCGAAGCGGGUUGCUCCCCCAGAAAAAUUUGAAAUCUAGAAGCUCGGGAAUGCGAUUUCCAGCGUUCUGGGCAUCAAAAAGCGUGUUGUUGAUGCGCAUUUUUAUUGACCACAAAGCAGGAUUUUUUUUAAAAAAACUAUUAAAUUUUUGAUGCAAAAAGGUGCAUUUUGAAUACCUUUCCAGGCAGAUAGCAGAUAUAAGGGGCAUCAACCUUGGCAGCACGACCUUUACAGGUUUCUUGUCUAAUUUCUUUUUCCACAAACGUUUGUUGAGGGAUCUUAGGCUGAUUUCCUUUUUCUUUACAAUCGGAUAAGUCGUCUGAAGAAGAUGGUAAUUCUUUUUGUUAGCUGGGCCGUCGAUACUCGGUACAGUUAAUAGAAACUGAAAGUUAUUGUAAAAACUAACGGCUAAAAAUAUGUGUCGAAAGCUGUUUAUUUUACGGAUUCGAACGACCUGCAAUUCGGCAAUAAUCGAAUUAUUCUUUACAUAAAGAUUAUCAAUCCAAAGAAAUGAUAACAUUAUUCCUACCGGUUGACGAAGACUGGUUCCCGUNUGUUUAUUUUACGGAUUCGAACGACCUGCAAUUCGGCAAUAAUCGAAUUAUUCUUUACAUAAAGAUUAUCAAUCCAAAGAAAUGAUAACAUUAUUCCUACCGGUUGACGAAGACUGGUUCCCGUCAGAGUUGUCCCAGAGUCCUUGAAAAACCGCUUAAAUACAUUAAUAUUUAUGUCCGUCGUGUCGUUUCUAGACGCCAUGUUGCUUUGUCACGAUAUCGAGGCUUCAGUUUUUCAGUGUACCGCUGGACGUUGAAAUUAUCGCAUGCGCUUCAGUUUUUUGGCCUUGGGUCUGCCCGCUUUUUUUGUAACAUCUAAAAAUUUCAGUGGUCGUCGUUGUUGUUGUAUUUGUUUUUUUUUAAAUCACCUUUUACUUUCAGUAAUGAAAUCCAAACAGACGGCGGUAAGAGGUCCUACAGGAUGCGGUAGACCGCCGGAAACCGGCUUUUAUGGAAACCCCUGUGUUUAUGUUAUGCAAGUUACAUUUCAAACCGCUCUCAUUGUUCAACAAGUUGUUCCGUUUUAUUGCUUCCUGGCGCGCAAAUCGUGAAUAUGUAAUGAGCACCAAGGCAAACUAGCCCUUUCUACGACGAAAAACAAUUUUUCACUUUCCCACAUCCCUUUUUCCUUUUCCGCAUUUCUGUUCUUCCUAUUCACAACCACAACCACAUUUCUCUUGUUUUCCCUUAGCGCGCGAGGUUGUGGUAAACGGUUGUAAAGAAAAGAAAACUUGACUUCGUAAAUCUUCCCACAAAGGAUUGUGUAACGAACCAAACGGAGGGCUGCUUAGAAGGCUAUCCUCUUUACUUUUAUCCACACAGUAGUACUUUCUAGGCAGACUACGAAACGUUAUUUUCUAUCCUUCCACACACGAAAACGGAAAACUCUAGAUCUUUUUCUUUGUUCGUUUACUUAAAAUAUUAAACAAAAUAACCAACGAUUUACAAUUGCAGCAAUUAAGUAGCUUAAAAUGUUCCUACAAUAAUACUAUUUUAAAAUACAAAAUACAAACUAAAUUAGCUGAAGUUAACUCCUUUAAGUACUCCUUCUUUGUGAGAAUUGUCAAAGACUGGAACAGUUUGCUGAACCAUCUCUUCACAGACGAAAUUAACGUUAACAAAUUUAAAAAAGGCUUUAAAAGAUGGAUGAAGAUUUAGUGACACUGUAGCUCAUAUUCUAAUUGUAUAUAUUUUCAUUUUAAAUAUCAUACUUACUAUACCAUUUUGUACCUGCACUAAUGAUUUUUGAGCGCGUUUUUUAAUUUUUUGAUAUUUUUACUAAAGUUCAUUUAGGGGACCUUUUACAGGGAAAACCUCGCGGUCCACCUUUUCAAAUAUGUAUCAUGUAUCAUGUUUAUGUGCAUAUAUGUAUUUAUCAUUAUUAUUAUUAUUAUUAUUAAAACAGUUUUGUUAUUGUCCUUCGCUUUAUUCCUUUUUAGGUUCCUAAGGUUGCCAAGCACUGGAAGGAAGUCGAAAAAAGCGGUGUUCUCUGCAUGGAACUGGUUGAUCUUGUGUUUUCCAAAUUUCUUCUGGAGGGCGUUGCCAGAAAAGACAUUGUGGAUUUGAUGGAACAAUUUGGAUUGAUUGCAAAAUUUUCGUCUUCAAAGACAGGAGAAAAGUACUUUGUUCCAUCUCAACUCAAAGCUUCACCUGAUUCUCUUUGUUCCAUGGCGCCCUCAAGGCUGGACCCAUGUCCCCUGUAUGUUUACUUUGUCAGCGGUUCUGUUCCCCAUGGUCUGUUCACUCGGCUUGUUUCUCGCUCUGUCCAUUGGUGUUCUGAGGCUGGUCCAACUCAGCCCCCUACCCUGUACCAAAAUGGAGCGUGGUUCGUUAUUGGGGAGCAAACUGUCCAUGAUUUUGUUCUUAUUUGUAGGAAGCAGUUUAUUAAGUUCUUUAUCAAGCAAAGAAACCUCCCUCAGCAGAUCCCUAUGGAUGAGACAAGUGAGAUGGCAGUGCAGGUUCGUGAGUUUGUGGAGGCAACUUUGGAAGCUUUGUCACGCGAUCUCUAUAAAGGUGGAUUGCAGUAUCAUAUUCGGGUCGCGUGUCCGUAUUGUCAGCGGGAAAAAUGCUCAAGCCAUAAUCAGAUUGCGUGUUCUCAUGAAGAUUGUCUUCACCUCCUUGAGGUAAGACAAGGCGUUCAUCUGACUUGCGAAAAGAAACCUGCAGAUGAAGUACUCACAGUCAUAGGAAAGCAGAAAUGGUUCUCACAGACACCAAGUAAGGUAGGUAGCACUGAAAUCCCAUCUCUAUCAGUGCUGUUGGCAUGUUACAUAUAAAUGGAAUGUUAACUAAAAUUCCGAAAAUAUGCCCCUCCAAAUAUAAUCCCCCAAACUCGGAGUUAAAACCCUCCUUUAAAUCGCCGCGCCCGAAUAUAAGCCCCCGGGGGCUUGUACUUUGAAAUUGCCCUCAAAUACAAAAUAAAACAAAUUGAAAACGGUACAGUAACAUAUAAUGUUUUUAAUUUGCCAAAGAACUAUUCCUCGUGCCAAAUGAUUGCAAUCAAGAAGUGUCACAUUUUAAUGCUGUUUGCGUAGUUCAGUCUUCACUCUUGGCUUGAAUUUCUUCGAUCCAUAUAGCCAAAGUACUCGCAUGGCUGAGUUUUAGAAAGACCUUGGUCCCCAUGGCGAGUUUCAGUAAAACCUUCGUCCAAAUUACUGACAUUAAUUUAUUUCCAACUAUAAUCUAGCCCAAUCGAUUUUGAGACGCAAAUGUCCCUUCCAUUUCCCUUCGUAUGUAAGCCCCUCAAAAAGGGCCUUUGACAAAUAUGAGCUUGGGAGCUGAUUUUCGGACUUUUACGGCAUUUUAUAUUAUGCUACUGAAAGGCUAGUCAUUUAUUUAUACUUAAAAAGCUUCAACAAAGUUUGUGUGUGUCAUUAUUAGGUUAUAAUGAUGUAUAACGUAGGCCUUCAUUUAACCUACCACAAGUGUCUAGCUGGGUAAAAAGAGGCAAGCAAUAGUUCUUAAAAUAAGGUCAGUUGGUUACCAUAUAUGACUCAAAAUUCUAUUCAAGUUCUUUUAGCACUUUGCCAGACAAAUGGCUAGCCUUGAACUGAGAAUCUCUUUACAGUGGCCAAUUAACAUCAUCAACUCUGUUGUUAAAUACCUACUGCAGCCAUAGCAGUGGGUAUUCAUAACCGUUUCUCAAGUCUUUCUUAACAAGCUGUUUCCUUUACAGUCAAACGAUAAGUUUAUAGCUUCUAACUGGAUGAUAACAUGUUUUGCAAACUUUCUUUCAAAGCGGUAAACACCCCAGGUGUACACUUUCUAUUUUAAAAUAUGCAAUUUUUGUCUCUGUACAGGACGUGUGUACUCCAUCAUCACCACCAUCAUCAUCAUCAUCUGAUGCUGAACAAGGUCAUUCAGAGCGUUUAAUAUUGAAAGUUACUCUCCUGGCAAACGAAUGGGGGUCUUCUAAGGGUGGUUUGGCAACAUUAAACAGAUCUCUUGCCAUACAUUUGGCAAAAGACCCACACGUAGAGGUCACCAUUCUUGUACCUAAAUUUGAUUACGGCGAAGAAGACAAAAGAGCUGCCAAAAGUCACAAUGUUUGCAUCAGGGAAGCAGGGAAUCUCCCCGGCUUCAGUGAUCCUCUUGACUGGCUGAUCGUUCCUCCAGAAGACCUUGACAUUCAGGUUGUGAUCGGCCAUGGGGCAAAGCUUGGCAGACAAGCGCAAAUUAUCAGACAGUCUCAUCGAUGCAAGUGGGUGCAGGUUGUUCACACUGAGCCUGAAGAGCUGGCGAUGCAUAAGAACUAUCCAAGCGCCAUUGCCAAGGGAGAAGGGAAGAACAGAGCUGAAGUUGACCUUUGUCAAAUUGCAGAUCUUGUUGUAGCCGUUGGACCUAAGUUAAAAGAAGCGUUCUCGCGCAUGUUGCGUUCAUCUCAUCGAGAUAUCUUUCAGUUAAUACCAGGUUCCUUUGCAGAGUUUUCAGAUAUUGAACAUGCUGCGCAAGAUGGUGUAAAUUUCCGAGUAUUGAUCUUUGGUCGCGGUGAUUUGGAAGACUUUAGUCUUAAAGGAUACGACAUUGCCGCUCAAUCCAUAGUUGAAUUGAAGGACAGUUCCUAUAGUCUUCUUUUCGUUGGUGCAUCCCAGGGUAGGCAGGAUGAAGUCGCAGAAAUCUUACUCCAGACUGGCAUUUCAAAGAACCAGCUGAUUGUUAGAUCAUUUGUGAAAGACAAACAAAGAUUGAGAGAGCUGUUUUGUGAAGUCGACCUUGCCAUUAUGCCAUCGAGAACUGAGGGAUUUGGUUUGACAGCAUUAGAGGCCAUGUCAGCUGGUCUUCCCAUUCUGGUUAGUGCAAACUCUGGAUUUGGAAAAGCACUGCGUGGUCUUCCAAUGGGUGAGUCAUUUGUGAUCGACUCUAGUGACCCCAAGGAAUGGGCAAAGGCGAUUGCAGCCAUCCGUCAAAAAUCAAGGACACAUCGGCUUGAGGAAAUCCAAAGACUACGAAGAAGUUAUGAUGAAAGAUUCUCUUGCGAGAGACAGUGCCAAGCCCUUGUCGCCAGAAUGUGGAAGAUGGUCGAUGGUAAGAAAUUAACUUUGCUAAGGGGGAGUAACGAUAAUAGUAAUUAUUACUUUAAACACGGUGAAAAUGUCAAGUGCGUAUCUCAUAUCAGGAUUAGCCUUUGUUUUACCUUUAUGAUUCAUCCCUGUAUUUUAGUUGCUUCAGCAAGAGCAAGUGCGUAAGCAAAUUUCAUAGUAUUGUGUUAGGCGGUACAUGUGUAUGGCUGCAGAAAGAUUGCCAACGUUAACCUUUUAAACCUUAAUAACAGCAUUCAUAUUCUCCACACUGUGGUAUUCAUACGUAUCCUGUGUUACUAAUAAGGAGAAUUUGUUAACCAAUCGAGAUUUUUUCACGUGCUGCUGGGUCUCUCUUUUAGAGAAAGAGGAUGACAGAGAACCCGUCCAGCUAAACUUUGGCUUAUAAUAUAUCACACAAACUAAAUGGAGGGCUUCUCAGAUCGGAUCGUUUAUUUUUUUCAAUUUUGACAAUUUUUUCUGUAAUUCAACGUUUCUUUCAAUUUUUUUCAUGCGUUGAAAAGACACAAGAAGAUGCCGUUCCACAAAAUGACUUUGAAAACGAUGCUGCAAAAGGAUCGAUGACUGGUGAUGUAGUUGUUUGUUUUCUCAAAUAAACCAAAGCCAAAAUUGAUUUUUGUUGUAGAGUGGGGUUAUUUUGUUCCUUUGAAACCACGGCAAAUUUAUAUUGUCGGCUGUUUUUAGCUAUAGACCAGUUCAUCAUGUCCUAUUAAACUGACGUGAAAUAACUUCAUUCUUAUUUUAAUAAUUUCUUUCUGCCGUUUACAGGCGAACCCAUUUUCCUUGCACUUCAACAAAUCCUGUUGGAAGCAAGCAUAGUGUCCAGCAAAACUAAACUGUCGCAGGCUUUGAAGAGGAUUGCGUUGGAAAAAGGUUUUGCGAUUUCUGACAAUCAAGGAGAGGGGAACUGCAUGUUUUUUGCACUUUCAGAGCAGCUUGACCUCAUCAAAGGAAUUCAAAUGUCCCAUGAUGAGUUACGCCGAACUAUUGUUCAACACCUUCGGGAAAACCCCGGGCUGGUAAAUACCUUAUUAUAUUUUAUAGAGUGGAUUCAUUUGCCCUGGACGCAUAAGCUGUCGCAUUUUCCCGCUGAAAAUUUUGUUUUGGUUUUUAACGUUUAAGGCAAUAAGGCCUUGUUCUGACGUCUCCAAAAUACGUGUACACACUUAGCGUAUUUGAUUUUUUUCGUCCUUUCACAAAAAACGCUGAAAUUAUUGAAAUACGAUAUCGUCCCUCACAAAGGAAACGCAGUGCUAGUAGCUUAUAAUGUAUUACAUCGUCGUAUUAGAAAUCUCUGUUUUCGUCCGUCCACACGUAAACGACAAGUUGGCGGUUUUAAAAGUCCACUCUGGGACCGCUUUUUUUUUUUUGGUGCCCGAAAAGGCCGUUUUCGAGUGGACAGAAGGCAAAAAAUACCCUGAUACGUGUGGACGGGGCCUUAAAUUCCUGCGAUUGAAUGUGACGUUUUUACGGGUAUGAUGCAAAUGAAUCGACCCUUUAUGGAAAAAAAAAACAGGCGUUCUGCACGAACACCACGCUUGUUUGUACUUUCCUUCGUCGUCCACUGGACGACUACGACAUGAAACUUCCUAAUCCGACGUUUUGCGGAGGACCUCGAACGCACGGCGACGAAUCAUUGUUAUUUGAUCCGGAUGCUGUUUUUAGAAUUUAAAUCCAGGAAAAUUCGCCUACAUAUGUUUAGUUGAACAACGCUACAUGAGCGUAAUAAAGUUAAAAAGAACGCAAAUUCAUUUUUUUAAUAACGUUUUCGACUCGGAGGCAUAAAUGGAAACGGAUUUUAAGAAAUCUGUUUUUGUCGCCUCGAUUUUCUGGCUUUUGUCCUAAGGGACGUAUAGGGGCACAGGUUAGACCCUAUUUUGGAGUGGAGUCUCAUUACUCUGAAGUGGAAUAAAAAGCGUCGAUGACGCCAUGAAUGAAAUGCGAUGUAAUCUCAUCAACAUAACGUCAAGAGCUAUCUUUAUGUAGUGUCUAAUUUAACCAGUUAUUCUUAUAUUUUUGACGUAACUUGGAGGGAUCAUGUCCUUAUUUGGUGAGAAUGAUGUCAUAGUUAUUUUAAAUUAUGUUCGUCAUGUGCUUAUAAGGUCAUUAAAUUACCUGACCUGUUACUUACAAUCACUGAAUCGUGACGCCUUCAUUGUCCAUUGCAGACAAUUUAGUCUAUUUUCACACUAUACUGGGUAGCUUUUUCGCCGGCACGAAAAUCGUACCAGUUAGGGCCUCUGUUCACAAACAAGAACGGUGAUUUCCGUCACGAAGCGAAGCUGCGUCGUGCCGAAUACGUGUUCAUACUAUACCGGACAGUUUUACGUGUCGUCACUGAAGGUUAUCCGGAAAAGUGUGAACAAAGCUUUAUUGUUCCUGGUUUCGGUUCACUGACGCCUUCGAAGAUAAUAUAUUCCACUUCAAAAAGACGUCUAACUGAUGCGUCCUAUACUACUGAGGUGGACAUAUUCUUUCUAGUGCCGAUACUAAUGGUGUCGUCUAAGAGAGAGCUGACAGCGCAGCUGCCUGAAUAUAUACGUUCUACAAAAGCACUCUACCUCUUUCUCUAUUAACUACAGUAUUUUCUUUUUUUCUUACAGCGGGAUGGGACAGAACUGUUUCAUUUUGUUGAUGGAUAUCCAUCUUGGGAUGCCUAUCUCACAAGCAUGAUGGUAGAUGGUACAUGGGGUGAUCACGUGAUUCUACACGGCGCGGCAAACUGUUUUCGAACGUGCAUCUACGUGAUUAGCAGUCUUCCGCAUCGCCAUGACGUAACGAUCUGCCCAGAAUUUGAUGUUACUGGUAGCAACCGGCUUGUGCUGGGUCACCUGCACGAGCUUCACUAUGUUAGCCUUAUUCGACAUAACCGAAGUAAAGAUGUCUGA